UAAGGAACCCCAAACUCAGCUACUGACGGGUUUGUUUUUAUUAUUGUUUCUUUAUAACGGUGAAAGUUCACGGUCGGGGCUGCCUUGGAUUUAAUGAUGCCGUGUUGUCUUAGAUUUGGAAUAACAUUGCUAUUAGCAGUGUUAGUCACAGAAGUUUGGACGCAAGUUUGUGCCCCUCUAGGCUCGGUGAGGACAGAAUGUCAAGGGAGUGUUAUGAUGAUGAUGUUGGAGAAGUCUUUUGUUGGAAAGUAUUUUCGCAUCAAUGUGAUUGACAAUAAGGGGGUGCUUGUAUCCCUCUCUCCAAGACUGGCUGCACAGUGUGGAUAUAGCUUAACCGUUGACUUCUUGGGAAAUGCCAAGUUCCUUGCUUCUGUGCUGAGCUGCUUUGUUCAGAACACAAAUGAGACGUACAAGCUGACAGUACAAAUCAGUGUCUUCUCAAACAGUGCUAUGACUUCAGCUUCCUCCUAUGUUCAGAGCAUGACAUGCCACUAUUCUCCAUGGGCAGAGAGGGAGAUUCUGUGUGAAAGAAACUACAUGGAGGUUUCUGUGAGAAGAGGGGUGCCACUCAUUGAGCCAAACUUUGUUCAAGAUGAUCCUGAUUGGUCCCUUGCGUACCCAGAGGUAGAAUCAUGUGACUUUGCAUUUUCUUCAUUCAUGUCCCCUUGGUCUUGCCUAUUGAAGUUUACUCUACUGUCUCGUCUAGAGGAAGCAAAAUCUAACGGCCCCCUUAACUUUAACCUGUCUCCCAAGAGGGUGGCCAUAUUGGAAUUGUGUGACAUUUAAGGCAUUGGCUUUGCA